AUGAGCAGUGCAGUUAGGACGCCCGAGGCUGCGUCCCUGUCGGCCUCUCAAAAACGGGAUUUCUCUCAUGGUCGCUGCUCCUGCCGCGUCUUCUCUCUCCUCAGCGAGUUUCGUGCAGAGAGGCCCAGCCUUCUCUCCUGCUGUCGACGCCUCGCAAGGAGAAGACGGAAGAGGAUUCUCCCGGUUUCCGAGCUCCCAGCCAGAUGGGUCGCGGAGACGCGUCGCCUUCGACGAACACACCGCCAGUGCCUUCGUCUGUGGCGCGCGCGCGCGACGAGAUUUCUUUGCGGUGUCUGCAGAGACACGACGCGCGCAUUCGGCGCAUCAUUUGCCAAGCCGCCUUCGUCAGCGUCUACGCCCUCUGCCCCGCGACGCGCAAAUGGGAGCGCGCCCACAUUCAGGGUGGACUGCAUGUCGUCGAGCGCGACGCGGCGCCCAGUGCGCCCAGUGCAGAGAGGAGAGAAAGUCGCUGGAGACUCUUCGUUCUGA